AGAAGAAGGAGAUGACCAGUGUCGAGUCCUUCCCCAUGAAUGAUGGCGACGGCGUCUACAGUUACCUUCACAAUUCUUGCAUGCAGAGGAGAGGCAUAGAUGUUGCCGUGAAAAUGAUUGUUGAGGCGAUCACUGAGAAGCUCGAUGUGGAAUUGUUACUCUCAUCUUCGUCAAUAUUCAGGAUCGUGGACUCGGGAUGUUCCGUUGGUCCAAACACGUGCUUUGUCGUGGAAAGAGUUACAGAAUCUAUCAAGCUCAAGUACCAAUGUCAGGGCCUUGAUUUGAAGAACCUCGAGUUCCAAGCAUUCCUCAACGACCAAGUCACCAACGACUUCAACAUGCUAUUCAAGUCCCUUCCCAUGGAAAAAACUUACCAUGUUUCCGUUGUGCCAGGCUCUUUUCAUGGUCGCUUAUCCCCAAAGGCUUCUCUUCAAUUCAUCCAUUCAUCUUAUGCCCUUCAGUGGCUAUUGAGAGUGCCGCCACAAGUAACAGAAAGAAAGAUCUUCCACUUGGAACAAGGGGAGGAUUCACACAGCAGACACGCCACAAGACAUCGUGGAGGCUUACCACGAGCAAUUUGUGAAUGA